AUGAUGAUGAUCCGAUCGAUGCUUUGGAACUUUUGGAAUUCUCUCACCACCGAAACCAACACAACAACCACACACUCCACGGAAUCCCUCUCCUCAUCAGUAACUUCCAAAGACAAUUCAUCCUCAACAACAACGAGUCCAGAUCAAACCUAUCAUGUCCAUGAUCUUUUAAUUCCAUAUCCAACUUUUUCAGACAUCUUUGAAUUGGAUCGAGAAGAAGAAAUUCGAUCAAGCAUUCAAUUCGAAUCUUUGGAACACUCAGUGAAAGGAUGUUUUCUUCUUCAUCAUGUGUUGACUCGGAAAGAAUGUGAAACAUUGAUUGAAAUUUCGGAACAAAUGGGUUAUCGACCUUCACCACUUUCCAUUUUGAGUGGUAACUUUGACACGAGUCAAUACAAUGAGAGAACGAAACAAGUCAGAGAUUCGGGAAGAGUGUCGACAGAUAUGCCUCAAGAGGUGAUUCGAAUUUUGAACGAAAGAAUUGAAAAAUAUUUACCACAGACUAUUCAUUUGCAAAGUGGAGAAUUAAAUAGAAUAAUUAAAUAG